AAACAUGAACGUAUUGUUGUUGAUUUGUUCGUGUAUUGUAAGCGCUUUUGCGCUCGCUGAAGGAAAUUGCGGUUCUCGUCCAAACACCAGAAUUGUGGGUGGUCAUGAAGCUGCUGUAAACAGUUGGCCAUGGCAAGUUAUGGUGAGGUAUUCAUCUGGUUUCCCUUUUUGUGGAGGAUCUCUCAUUGAUCCGAAUUGGGUUGUAACUGCAACGCAUUGUGUAACAGAGGCACGCCCUUCCAGUAUUAAAGUCAGGUUGGGUGCCCACAGCCGCGUAGGUGAAACUGCUGGAACUGAGCAGGACAUUGACGUUGCGGAGAUCAUCACCCAUGAAAAGUACCACUCCCCUGUGACAUACAGCCAUGACAUUGCCCUUCUCAGACUGGCAAAGCCCGCAAAGUUAGGCAAAGGAGUUGGUCUUGUCUGCUUGCCAGAUAACAAUCUACCUCUUCCACUAGACGACCUCAACCAGAGGAAGAAUUGUUGGAUCACAGGGUGGGGAAGAUUGGCCUCUGGUGGUGCUGUCCCGUCAGCUCUACAGCAGAUCGAUGUACCACUGGUGUCAAAGCAGCGCUGUCUGAGGGGAUACCCAGGAAAGAUUCAUGAUUCCAUGUUAUGCGCAGGUCUGGACCAGGGCGGCAUAGAUGCUUGCCAGGGUGAUAGCGGUGGUCCUCUAGUUUGCGAGUUCAAUGGAAAAUGGUAUCUGGAGGGGGUGACGAGCUGGGGAUAUGGGUGCGCUGCGCCAGGAAAGUAUGGUGUCUAUGCUAAAGUUCGUUAUCUGCACUCCUGGGUCUCGAAUAAGAUAGGUGGGGUCGUGCCACCGAAGCCAGAUUGCAAAGACAGUGAUGCCUUUGCCAGCCAGUGUCCACAAUUAGCAGGGUAUGAAGGCUACUGUGAAUACCACCAUGAGUGGACCAAGAAGUACUGUGCCAUGUCGUGCGGCUGGUGUUAGUAGAAACCCAAAUUUAGACGUCCGCUCAAGAGUAAUCCAUUUUCUUCAAAACCAAAGUUGGAGUUGCAAUAGAUUCCGCUUUUAAAACUUUAUAGCAGUGGUUGUUAGUUGUGGGAAAUAAAGUUGAGAAAAGUUUUUAGUUGA